AUGGAGAGCGCCCCAUCGGACCGCGACCCAAACAUCUCCAGCCUCCGACUGUCAUGGCCAAUUGCCGGCGACAACAGACGCUCUGUGGUUGGAAGGUCUCCGGAGUCGAAUGGAGACAGAGAAGGAGAUUUUUGCGAUACACGGUUCGUCCAUGUUUCACAUUGCGACAUGGAGGCGCAUUACCAGUUUUCCAAGUCGAAAAAAAGAGCCGGACAUGGGCAGCAACCUAUUCUACAGAUACCCCUGGCAUGGAAUUCGCUGAAACUGGAAGUCGGAACCAAAGAAUUGCUGGAGUACUUCCAAUACGCUGCUUCGCAGUCGCUUGCCAUUUUCGGCCAGGAGCCGACGAUUCUGGGUGAUGUCCUUUGCCGGAUAGCGCUCACCGGCAACACGGCCUCUUCCAGAGCGGCGCUACAGUCGUUGCUCGCCCUGUCCGCACUGCACCGGCGGCAUGACGUGCAUUCGCAGGCGGUGGAGCUCAAAAUCGCUGCUCUGAAGUCUCUGGCAGCCGGAAUGGAGAAUCAGAUUGGCAUCAGAGAGGCAAUUCAACAUGUUGCUGCAGGGAUGCUGUUGUGUUCUUUCGAGAUCCACCGCGCAUCUUGUACCUCGAGCGACUGGAUGCAGUACCUUCGUGGAGCCAAGGACAUCAUCCGGGCUGCGGGCCUUGACAAGAUUGACCAGGAUGACGAUUUGGCCAUCUUGCUGGACUGGGUGUACUACCAUGAUGUACUAUCACGUUUCACCCUGGGCCACUGGCACAGAGACUCCGUGGCCAUCACAUCAAAGCCGUCCGAUAUCCGGGCAGAGCCUUCACGUACCGCACCGCCCGCAUUGGCUAUCAUAGAGUUGCUUUCGGAAGUUUGCGACGUCAUCUCUGCUGGACCGCCAACUCGGGGAUCGACUAAAGACAUGGACGAUCACAAGGAGUUUUUGAAAAUCCUCGACUGGAGAAUCAGGAGCCUCGAGCUGGCCGGCAUGGCGAAUAAUUGUCCAGAGACGCUCCUCAUGCUGGAAUUGUACCAGCUGGCUAUGCUGGUCUACCUGAACCGGGCGUCCGGUGAUCUACUCAACCAGUCGGCUCGGACGAAACAGCAGAUCGAGAAGGCUUUCAUUAUUUUCCCCCUUCUAGGAUCCUGUGACCGGCAGUUUCCGGUCUUUGUCCUAGGUUGCGAAGCCAAGACGGAUGAGCAGCGCGCGGUCGUCCUCGAUCUCAUCUCGCGGACCGAACCCAGGGAUUCCUCCCGGUCGUUCAAUUAUGACAGGCUGCUGACGCAGGCCAUAUGGGCCCAAGAUGACCUAGCUGAUGGAGACUUGGAUUAUUCAGACAAACUGAGUCGUGGGAUUAGCCGGUGUUCUAUUCUGCCUACGUUUGUGUGA